AUGGUUACGAGCUUGGAAAAGGAAGAGGAUUGGAAAACACAGUGUGAGAAAGGGAGUUCUAUUGAUAGAAAAUGCGAAUCUAAAUUCUGUUCAGUGCCUCCAUUGUUGAGAUACGGCAAGUAUUGUGGACUUCUGUACAGUGGGUGCCCUGGAGAGAAGCCUUGUGAUGGUCUUGAUGCUUGCUGCAUGAAGCAUGAUUCCUGUGUUCAGUCCAAAAACAAUGACUAUCUAAGUCAAGAAUGCAGCCAAAACUUCAUCGAUUGCAUGAACAACUUCAGCAAGUCAGGAGCUCAUACCUUCAAGGGAAACACGUGUGAUCCGGAUGAAGUUAUUGAUGUCAUCAAUGUGGUUAUGGAAGCUGCUUUGCUCGCAGGAGGAGUUUUUCAUAAACCCUAACCCAUCUAUGCAUAAGAAGAAGAUGCAAAUUCAGAAAACAAAAUAAUGUAUUACAUUACACUACCCUAUUUUUAUGGCAAAUGCUACCAAUAAUGUUAUUCGCCCAUUCUUUUAA